CAAAAAGCAAUGAACGAUGCCCUUUCAUUGUCCUCCAUUCCAACAUGUGGAAGAGAAAGGAAAUUGCUGUUAACUCCUCCUCGGUUGUUGAUCUAAAAGCCGAAUUAUUCAGAAAGAAGGAAGAAUUUGAAAGAGAAAAGUUGCGAACGGGAUCCUCCACUUUGCGAGCAGUUUCGAAUAAGCCUAUCAAGAAGCCGCCAAAAAAUAAAGGCGUCGAGCAAAGAGCACGUCAAGAUGAAGAGGAGAUUCAGACCUUGAGUUCGACCUUGGAGUCAAGUUGGGUGGCGCUUCAGCGGAAGGCAAAAUUAUAUGACAAAUUGGUAGAUGAAGGGGGCACGGGAGAGGAUGAAAAGGAUGAAGAAGCACUCGUAGAUUUUCUACAGAAAAGUUUGACGGAUUCAGAUCUCCCUGCUCCUUCACCAGAUAUAGAAGAUGUGGGCGAAGAUACCUGGGUCGAGGCCGUAGACGAGUUUGGGCGAACGCGGAUUGUCCGAAAAGACGACGUAUCAAAACUAGGGCUUCGAUUCAUAAAAGAAGGGGAAGCGGGGGGGAACGGAGAAAACGAACAGGGGCCGUCCUUAGUAUCCGAUGAUAUGAGACGAGAGAUGGAAAGGGAGCAAUGGGAAAAAGAAGCCAGAGAAGCGCUGGCAAGCGGCCACUAUGACUCUCGUAGAGAGAACCGGACGAUGGGCGUUGGAUUCUAUCAGUUUUCACAGGAUGAUGAGGAAAGAAGAAAACAAAUGGAAGAGCUCAAGGACAUGAGGAACGAAACUCUCGAAAGUCGAACACGAGCUGCGAGAAUGAAAGAUGCGAGAAAGGAUAAGUUGGAUGAACGUAAACGUUUACUGAAGGAGAGGGCUGCUAAACGGCGAAAGGUCAUUAACGGGGAAUCGGAAGGAGCGGGCGCCCUGGCUGGAGAUAAUGAUGGCAGCGAGAAAGGGGAUGGUGAUGAGCUGAGGGAUGUUGUCAGCGACUUCUUGCAGGGGAUACGCAAACAAUUGGAAUAACCUCGGAUAUCCCGGCCAAUUUUUAUAUAUCUUAUUGUUAAUUACCAGCUGAUGCAGCAAAAUGAAAAUCCAUAUUUAAGCGC